AACGCUGGAUCUAUAACUACUGUUCAAUUGUAUCUAUUAAUAUUUCAUGUUACAUUUGUGUUCAAUCCCUGUCUUUUCCCUACGGAGUAUAAAGUCAUGCCUGACUGACGAGCGAAAUAUUACCGAUACCGUGAUAGGGCCAUAGAUAGUAUAUGGUGUUUUUCUGCAAUAUGGAUUCAUACAAUGGUGGACAAUGUAGAACAAGAUAUUACGUUCAUCGAUUCAAUCUGAUAAAAAGUAGGAAAUAUAGCAAUUCUACAAAGGAUGGUACAGUAAACAUGUAAAUGGUGCUCCGAUACCUUCAUCGACGGUAAACGUAUGAUUGUCUGUCGGACAUCUAGAACGGGAAAUGGCUGGAACGCUAACAACCCGAAACCGUAGUGCUGAGCCGGGCGUCGGGGUGAAGUAUACACCGUGUGCCAAAGGCGACCACACUGAUGACGAACUGGAAGAGAUUUCAAUCGUGGAGAAAAAGGAACAUGACGUCAUCAAAGACAACCAUUCAGGGAAGGAUAUAUCUAGUUUUGAUUCUGUGUCUAAUCAUGAUAUGGAUUCUAGAAACCAGACUCCGACCGCAAACGGUCCGAGACAAACUGGGAUCGGAACAUUCCAAGCAUACCCGUCCCCUAAGACAAGAACUCAUUCACAUUCUAUAGGAGCCAGGUUAAGUUCUUCGGGCGGAAGGAUAAGUCUGUCCUCGCCUGUUUACUCAAGUAAAGUGGUCGAACAGAAAUCGCGGUCAACGUCUCAGAAAAGCCUAUUGGAUCUGUUUGGAACGAGAUUAGACAGAGGGAAAGCAAAGAAAAGUUUUUCGUCCAAAGAUGAGAAAUUAUUACUAACGAAAUCAAAAUCAAAAGAAAUUCUUACGGCGAGACAAAUACGAAAGCAGCGACAAAAAGAUAUCGAAGAAAAGUUUGGAAAGAAAAGCCAGAGAACAAAUGAUAUCCGUGAAUCGAAUUCUGCUGUUAGUGAUAGGGAUGGUUGUAACUGGACAUUCGUGUUUGACCCAGCAGGACGCUUUGCCUACUGGUGGUCAUCCGUAGUCAGUGUAGCCUUUCUGUACAAUUUCUGGGUCAUCAUUUACCGGUUUGCAUUUCAAGAGAUUGAUUCCGACAAUCACGGAGAGUGGUUUGCCCUUGACUACACAGCCGACUUCCUGUACAUACUCGAUAUCGUUUUUCACUUCCGGACAGGGUACCUGGAGGACGGAGUUCUCCAGACUGACUCUGUUAAACUUAGAAUACAUUACAUGAAUGAUACAAUAUUUUACAUAGAUUUGCUUUGUUUGCUCCCCUUAGAUUUUCUCUACCUUUCCAUAGGUUUUUGCUCAAUUUUGAGAUGUUUUAGAUUAGUAAAAGUAUAUCGUUUCUGGGCAUUCCUAGAUCGAACUGAAAGACAUACGAAUUAUCCAAAUGUUAUGCGAACUUUGAUGUUAAUGCACUACCUUCUUGCUCUGUUUCAUUGGAACGCUUGUUUGUAUUAUAUUGUUGCUUCGCGACUUCAAAGGUCUUCAAGCACCUGGACUUUACCAAAGGAUGAUGGGAAUGUCGCUCGACAAUACCUUCACGCGCUGUACUGGAGUACUUUAACUUUAACGACAAUCGGGAACCUACCCAAUCCGGUCACCAUAAAGGACUAUCUUUUUAUCAUUUUCGAGAUGAUAUUUGGACUUCUGCUCUUCGCCACUGUUCUGGGUCACGUUUCCAAUAUCGUCACAUGCAUCAGUGCAGCUCGAAAGGAUUUCCAAGCCAAACUUGACGGUGUAAAAACGUACAUGUCACUACGCCGGGUACCUCUACGACUACAGGACCGAGUGAUAAAAUGGUUCGACUAUCUUUGGUACUGCAAUAAAUCUACAGACGAGGAAAGAACUCUCUCCCUCCUACCUGAUAAACUUAAAGCUGAAAUUGCCAUCCACGUCCACCUCGAUACCCUAAAACGAGUGGAGGUAUUCCAGAACACAGAAGCAGGAUUUCUAUGUGAACUUGUAUUACGUUUAAAACCAGUAUUAUUCUCCCCCGGGGAUUAUAUAUGCAGAAAAGGCGAGGUGGGAAAAGAAAUGUAUAUCGUUAACAGGGGAAAGCUACAUGUGGUUGGUGACAACGGAAAAUCAGUGUUAGCAACGUUAAAACCAGGAAGUUAUUUCGGGGAAAUCAGUAUUCUAAAUAUGGGAACUUCCGGAAACAGACGAACUGCUUCGGUCAGGUCCGUAGGAUAUUCCGAUUUGUUCCGAUUAUCAAAAGAGGAUAUGUGGGAUGUACUAAAGGAAUACCCACAAGCACGAGUAAAAUUGGAAUCUAUUGCUGUGAAAAGACUGGAGAAAACAAAGCAAUCACCUAUAGAAAAAGCUACCUUGUCCCGGAGCAAGAGCACGCCAGGCCUGGUGGAAUCUGAUGGAAAAGUUCCUCUAGAAUCCAUGAUUAUUUCCAGGCACCAUACACUUCCGGCCGGGCUUCCUGUACCUCAUUCCCAGAGCCCUGAUCAGGGCGCAGAGCCUCAAACGUCCGAGGUCCCGCCCGAGAAUCAGGAACGGAUGGGUGGUGCUGACAAUGAUCCUUCCACGUCCCCUGUGGAAAUUGCCACUGUGGGAACAAUGACUAAAUCAUUGACAAUAUCGAGUAUGACGUCAUAUAACGCGGGGUCCCCGCCUCAACGAUCGCCGCUAUACUCAGAGACAAAGUUUACGAUCAGCCCUCCUCCUUCGCCAGGAUUGGUCACCCAAGCUCAAAAUGUGUCCCGACGGGGAUCAACUUGUCUCCCGUAUGGACAGGAUGUUUUAUCACGAGGUUCACCUACACAACUCUCGCCACUCCAUCUCGCAUAUUCACCGUCAUAUCCCGCGAACCAACAGACCCAUCCUAUGAAUUUCCUGUCCCCUUACUGUGCCUCAAACAGUCUCCAUCCGCCGUCCUCUCCAAUGGCGAUGGGGAGGGCGGACAACCUUUCGUCCUCCCAAACAAAUCUCGCUUCGCCGCAAACACAUUCGGCACACAGUCUAUUUUAUCAACAACAACCAACAAUGCCAGUCUCUCCUGCUAUGACGUCCAAUAUGGCUUCCGUGAGUCCUGCCUCGUUUUCAUUUGACACGUCACAAGAAGUGCUAUUACAAGAAAUAACAACAUUGCGACAGCGGUUGAUUUCUCUCGAAUCCGAGAAUGCUGCCAUGACAGUGAAAUUAAGUCAACAACAGUGGAAUGUCGAACACAGACUUGCGGAACUUGAAAUGCAUAUAUGCCACAGUUCAAGUGUAGCAAGUACGACUAGUCAAGAGGAAAGAACCGAGCGAUUUGACUCAGUAAAUCGCGAGUCCAUUAUAUGAGAACAAGACGUAUGGUUAUUGGAGUAAUAAUUCCCUGUCUUCCUGUGUGGAAGUGACGGAUAUGGAUUCAACAUAUCCUGUCCAGGUUCACGACUGUGCACUUUACGGUUAUAGUUCCAAGAAAACGAUUGGAUUGCAUACCCAUGCUUCCAGAUUGCUGUGAGAUAAAACGUAGAGUGACCCGGAUGGAUGGAUGUUGUAUAAAAACCAUAGCGUGACAGACGUUCGGACUGAAGUUAAUGAGCAUUUGAAGGUUAUUUGGACGAAAAGUGAAAGGAGCGCCUUGCUAUAUGUCUCUCGAAAUGUUGAUGGCGGUUCAAUCAGAAGGAAAUGGUAUUAUGUGGUAUUUGGAGUUUCUAGUUUAAAAAUCUGUGGGGGAUGUGAAGUGAUUUCAAAACUUCGGCAGUUUCAUAAAAAAUGAAACUCGUAUAGAUUGACCGGAACCGUGACCAUUGAAUGUGUUGUCAGUUGAACAGUAGUGAUAUUUUGUGCCAAUUAUAAAUUUUGAAUGAGUUGGAAAUGUGGCUUAUGUAGUCAUAGUGACUUGGCUGGAUUCUUUACCAGACUCUUGUAUCUACAUCUAACAUCGUUAUAACACGGAAUAUCGCGCAUGCGUGAAGUAACCUACUGUAUCAUUUUUGUCAAAAAAACACUUAUACAUGGAGGAUGAUACGACUAAAUAUGUUUUUUACCAAUGGACAGAUAGUACAUGUUUUACUUGUUAACCAGUUUUCCUUGCCAAAUACACGGGGGCGUAUAUGAUUUUAACAAGAUUAUCUGGUGGCGUUCCCUCCAUAUUACAAUGGCGGGUACAUUAUACAUAGACAAAUGGUUAAAUCUACCGAUAAACCCCUAUGGCAUCAAUAUUUUUGUGAAUGUAUUAUUUGGAUAAACAAUAUGAUGUUAUUUCAGACAUGCUGAUCACAUAAAUAGCAUGCUUACACUGGCGACUUAUGACUCAUAGAAUACUGUUAUAAAUGCGCUUAAUAUGUCAAACAUAGCAACGGUCUCCUGCAUCAUAUAAAUGAAAAAGUAAUCUGCUUUCUGCCGUGACAAUCUGAUGGCAUGUUUAAAUGAAAAAAAUAUUACAACAGUAUUAUGUAGUUUUACGAGUAUUCUUGGCAAUUACUCUAUAGCCGCUUUUAAUUAAAAUCGAUUUAUUCUUUUAAUGGUAGAAUUUGUAGGAUACUAAUUCCAUCUAUAUUAUUUUUGACAAGGAAACGACCUACCAUUGCGUCACGAUAAUAUGUGAUGUUACGUCACGAUAAUAUGUGAUGUUACGUCACGAUAAUAUGUGAUGUUACGUUCAGAGGUAAUCGAUAUACGACAUCACGCUCAGUGGAUAGUAAGUAAUUUUAGACCCUUUAUAAAUUGUAUUAAGGAAGGAACCGAAAUAACUCUUACUCUGAAAUACACCCAAAGAUAAGUGUAGACAUCCAAGUAAGUUGUGUGGCUAUCAUCAAAGUCUUUAUAAAGAUUCAUAUUAGUUUUGUCAUAGAUCCCUGUGUAUAUUACAGACUACUGUUGUAAAAUACGUUGUAAAAAUAACAGAAACAAGUCUCAAUGAUCUUAAUUUCAAUCAGAUAAAAUCAUGAUAUUGAAAUCAUUUAUCAUAACAAGGAAUUCGUUAUCUUACCAUCUUAUUUAUACUUAGAAACAUUUAUAUUUAGUCAAUAUAGUAAUGGUUCAACAAAUAUGCAUGUAUUAUAAUUCUAAACAAUACUUUGUUUAACUAAAAGCUGUUGCUGCAAAAUGCAUACAAUGCGUAUUUCUUGAUAGAAGUAUUAAAUGUUGGUAAUUCAUGUUAAAAUAUUCACUUAAUCCUUUAAAAUCGACAGCAAAAUUUUCUUUGUAAUAUAUGCUAUAUACCUGAUCCUUUCACAAUUUUGAAUUCACUUUUGUAAACAUUUAUCCUUUCACCCGUCAAUCAUUAGAUAUUUUCUGUGAAAAAAGGCUGUGAUUCCGUUACUUUGAGAGUCGCCAGUGUAAACAAUAUAACUACUCUUUUGUCACACAAGAAUAACUAAAGAAACGAAACUUAAAGUUGUACAAGUGUUACUUUAAAUAUUUUGACAUAAAAUAAAUACAAAUAAUUGAAAUUUAUUUCUAACAAUAAUUUGGAUGAGAAAACAGUUGUAUUUAUAAGUUGGACAUCAAGCUGAAUUGUUAUAUACUAUUUUUUCUCAUAAUCAAUCUAAUUUCUCCUCUUCUGUAUUGUGUGCAAAUGUGUUGAUUUAUAUUUGAAAUGGAAACAAAACAUAUUUUUGUCAAACGUAGUAUCAACAAUCAUUCAAUACCGAAUACAUGAAAUGUCGUGCGAUGGGCGAGGAAUAUAUUUUAAGAAUAAAAUAUGAGAGAUGAUGAUAUUGUCCAACAUGUGUAUCCGUCACGUGGCUUGCCACAUAAUAACUUUCUUAGAUAACAAAUGGUUGCCAAUGGUUACAUAAUGUUUACAACGGUAAUGUACUGUUGCCAUGUAAACAAUCUAAUGACUACCAUUGUAACAUUGUUUAUACAAGUGUAGUCUGUAAUAAAUACAGUUUGACAUGCUAUGGCAACCAUAAUGUUGUCAAUGGUAAAUGUGAAAGAAAGGCGAAAUGUCCAUUGUUACAGUUCGUACUUAAUAUUUAGUUAGAUUGGCAUUCGG